AGUAGCGCGGGGUGGGCGCUCUGAGGCCGCCAUUACUUGGCGACUCCCGCGGUGCCACCCCCUCGUUUUCUCGUUUGGGCCCUUUACGCUGUGGUCACUGACGCCCCGGCGUCCCCAGCCCAGUGACAAAAAUGCUGAGCUUCUUCCGUAGAACACUUGGGCGUCGGUCAAUGCGAAAACAUGCAGAGAAGGAACGACUCCGAGAGGCACAGCGAGCUGCCACACAUAUUCCUGCAGCUGGAGAUUCUAAGUCUAUCAUCACAUGUCGAGUGUCCCUUCUGGAUGGUACUGAUGUUAGCGUGGAUUUGCCGAAAAAAGCCAAAGGGCAGGAGUUGUUUGAUCAGAUUAUGUACCACUUGGACCUUAUUGAAAGUGACUAUUUUGGUCUGAGAUUUAUGGAUUCAGCACAAGUAGCACAUUGGUUGGAUGGAACAAAAAGCAUCAAAAAGCAAGUAAAAAUCGGUUCACCCUAUUGCCUGCAUCUUCGAGUUAAGUUUUAUUCCUCAGAACCAAAUAAUCUUCGUGAAGAGCUAACCCGAUAUUUAUUUGUUCUUCAGUUAAAACAAGAUAUUCUCAGUGGAAAAUUAGAAUGUCCCUUUGAUACAGCAGUGCAGUUGGCAGCUUAUAAUCUGCAAGCUGAACUUGGUGACUGUGAUCUUGCUGAGCAUAGUCCGGAACUUGUUACUGAAUUCAGGUUUGUGCCCAUCCAGACUGAAGAGAUGGAACUGGCUAUUUUUGAGAAAUGGAGAGAAUACAGAGGUCAGACACCAGCCCAAGCUGAAACUAAUUAUCUGAAUAAAGCCAAAUGGCUAGAAAUGUAUGGGGUUGAUAUGCAUGUGGUCAAGGCUAGAGAUGGUAAUGACUAUAGUUUGGGACUGACCCCAACAGGAGUCCUUGUCUUUGAAGGAGAGACCAAAAUUGGUUUAUUUUUUUGGCCCAAGAUAACCAGAUUGGAUUUUAAGAAGAAUAAAUUAACUCUGGUGGUUGUAGAAGAUGAUGAUCAGGGCAAAGAACAGGAGCAUACAUUUGUCUUUAGACUGGAUCAUCCCAAAGCAUGCAAACAUUUAUGGAAAUGUGCUGUGGAACAUCAUGCCUUCUUCCGCCUUCGAGGCCCUGUCCAAAAGAGUUCUUAUCGAUCGGGAUUUAUUCGACUAGGAUCACGAUUUAGAUACAGUGGGAAAACUGAGUAUCAGACCACAAAAACCAAUAAAGCAAGAAGAUCAACAUCCUUUGAAAGAAGGCCCAGCAAACGAUAUUCUCGUCGAACUCUACAAAUGAAAGCAAGUACAUGUACAGCAAAACCUGAAGAACUCGGUAUUCACACUAAUGUCUCAACCCAGAGUAAUGGCUCUCAACAGGCUUGGGGUGUGAGAUCUACUCUGCCUGUGAUUCCUUCUGUAGCUUCUGGUCCCGUGCUGGUGGAAAUAGAGAAUCUUCCACAGAAUUCUGGAACAGACCAGCAUGACAGAAAAUGCUUGCCUGUGAAUAUUGAUUUGCUAGAUAGCCUAGAAGUGUUAGAAACAACCAUUGGGGAUAUAAUUGGAGCAUCUGACACUAGGGAAACGCCUCAACCACUGGAUGAAAUUAAUGUAGCCACCAGGCAAAUUGGUGUAGAAGAAUCUGAAGUUGAAUAUGGGAUGUUGAAAGAUGCCUCAGAGAAGCUCAAACAGCUUGAAAUGGAGAACAGUUCUUUGCCAUCUCCUCGAUCCAACGUCAAUGUUAAUGUCAACAGCCAGGAGGAAGUGGUAAAGUUGACUGAAAAAUGUCUUAAUAAUGCCAUUGAGAGUCCAGGAUUGAAUGCUGUGAGAGUUCCUCCUGACUUUAAGAGUAACAUUUUGAAGGCUCAAGUAGAAGCAGUACAUAAGGUUACAAGAGAAGAUAGUUUAAGUCAUAAAAACGCCAACGUUCAGGAUGCUGCCACAAACAGUGCUGCGUUAAGUGAGAAUAAUGUGCCGCUCUCCAGAGAGUCUCUUGCUCUAAUGCAUACCACAUCUGCAGACAGUGGUUCUGUUCUAAAGGAAGCUACAGAUGAAUUAGAUGCCUUGCUUGCAUCUCUAACGGAGAAUCUGAUUGACCACACAAUCACACCUCAGGUAUCUUCAACAUCCAUGAUUACACCCCGGUGGAUUGUUCCACAGAGUGGUGCCAUUUCUAAUGGACUUGCUGGACAUGAAAUGCUCUUAGCAGAGAAGGAGCAACAUGGUAAUAAAGAUGGAAUCUUGCUGAUCUCUCCCCCAGCACCGUUCUUGGUAGAUGCUGUGACCAGCUCUGUUCCUACUUCAGCCGAAGAAGCUGUCUUGAAGCGGAAGUGUUUACUGACCACUGAGCUAUAGGGCUACCUCUCCCCACCUGUAACUGGAAUGCUCACCUCUC